GUCGACGUCAGACUUGUCUUUUCUCUUGUCCAACAGCAGGAAUCCCCACGCAUUGAAUUCGAAACAAAAUGUUACACUUCGUUCAAGAUUAAUUAUCUGAUAAAUUCAAAUCACUUUGGCAACACAAGACUGAAAACCAUGUCUCUGUUUUGUCCCUUCAUCCACAGAGCUCGUCCUCAAUGGAUACAUGCGCCAGCAGCAGCAACAGCAGUACUAAGAACCUAUGCCACUCAACCGCCAGGCAACCCGACCCUGGAAGUCUUCAACAGAAAGGUGAAGCAUCUCCAGAAAGAUCGUGCAGGGCUCAAGGUUGAAGAGAGCCGGAAAGUAGACUACCUCAAGGACGAGGUAGCUAUGCGAUUAUGUGAACGAUUACUGGAUAUAAAACGAACAUUCCCCCAUGUCCUAGACCUGGGAGCCAAUAGUUGCAACAUCGCCCGAGCAUUGACAGCACCGAACCCUGACCCUGUCUCCCCAACGGGGAAGUCAGAACCACUAGCAACACGCAUAUCAAAGCUGACCUGCAUCGAUACCUCGCACGCCCUGUUAUAUCGAGAUGAGGACCUCCCAUUCAAUGAACAACUCUCUAUCGAGCGGGAUGUGGUCGCGGACCUGGAAAUGCUACCCUACGAGCCCUCUACAUUCGACGCGGUGCUAUCCUCCCUCUCGAUUCACUGGAUUAAUGAUCUCCCAUCGCUGCUAGCGCAGGUCAACACAAUUCUGAAGCCAGAUUGUCCUUUCAUAGCAGCCAUGUUUGGCGGGGAUACGCUGUUUGAGCUGCGCACGUCGCUGCAGCUCGCGGAUCUGGAGAGGCGCGGCGGAGUGAGCCCGCACGUCUCUCCGCUGGCUGAUGUGAGGGACGUGGGUAAUCUACUCAAUCGGGCCGGGUUCAAGAUGCUCACGGUUGACGUGGAAGAUAUCGUGGUCGAGUUCCCCGAUACGUUUGCGUUGAUGGAGGAUCUACAAGCUAUGGGGGAAGGGAAUGCCGUCCUUCAUCGUGAAAUGGGACCCCUCUCGCGAGACGUGUUACUUGCCAACGAGGCUAUUUAUCGGGAAUUGCAUAAGGAGGAGGGGUCCAGGGGGAUCCCCGCGACGUUCAGGAUCAUUUUCAUGAUAGGCUGGAAGGAAGGAAAGGGUCAGGCAGAGCCAUUGCAAAGAGGGAGUGGUGAAGUAAAUCUGAAGGAUAUACUCGGUGGAGGAAGUUUCUGAUGGAAAUUAUCUGUAUCUGUGUAGAAAAAGGGAAGGUAUAAUCCAUUCAUGAACAUAAAACGAGAA